AGGCUGUUCGUCAAGGUUUUGUUCGACGACAGCCAAUGCGUUGCAAACAGAAGUUAUUCGCUGGUUGUUCGAAGACAAUGUUACAACACCAGGACACCGUCGAAAUAAUCACCAGCGUUUGGCUGGUGUGCUUGCUCCUGUUCGGGCCGGCGCUAGCUGAGGAGAAACAAGGGGAGAGGCGUGGAUUGGACGGCCACCUGAGUAGCUAUCGUGGCGGUGGAAACCGAUCGUCUACCGACCACACACUCGGCACCAGCAGCGCCAUUAGUUAUGGGAGCGGCUAUGGAGGCGACUACAGACGCGGUUAUGGAGAUGGUAUCAGCUCUGCUCGAGAGACCAGAAUUGCAAUCACCAAGCAGAUCCCAAGCCAGUACCCAGUAAUAGAGCAGUCCACUGAUCAAGAGACAACCACUGCUCCGAUCUACUUACCAAUAAUAGUGGCCUACCCACCGUACACUGUCCGUCUGCCUAUGAAGAGGCAAGUCCCAGUUCCCGCCCCUGUCCGUCACACAUAUGUUGUACCAGUAGCUCAACCUGUCCCCAUGGGAGGAGGUGGUGCUAGCGGUCUCGGAGGCGGAUACGGUGGCGAAUUUGGUAGAGGCAACGGUAGUGCCUUCGCUGGUGGAUAGGGUGGUCACUACUCCGGAGGCAUCUCUCGAGGCUAUGGACUCUACGGGCAACACAACCACUAACAUUAUAAGUUGAGCUCGACAUAUUGAAAAAAAAGUGAUGCUAUAUUCAAGUUUUUAAUUUCUUUUUUAAAUGUAACACAAAAGAAAGCAAGCCAUAAAGCAAA